AUGCGUCCUACCGCAGCUCUGCGGAUGCAAGCAAGCCGCAUCCUGCGCUCUGGUCAUGGCCCAGACCCGAAGAACGGAGUGUACAUGGGCUCGUGGGGAAACCUAGGCUCUCCGCCACAGAAGAACAUUGUCACAUACGCCCUUUCGCCGAACCGCCAGAACCCGACGUCGACCAUGAUCACGGAUGGCAUCUUCAACAUUUUCCGCCGGUCGCGCAACCAGGUUCUGUACUGGGUGCCUCCCUUGUUGAUCGCGUAUCUUGCCAUGGACUGGGCUACAGAGAGGAACGAAUAUCUCAACUCGAAACCCGGACGAGCGGAGUACGGAGAUUAG